AUGAAAGUUCAAUGUCCAUCAGGAGAAGAAAUUGAAAUCAUAGUUAGUCAAGAUGAUAGAAUUUUCGAUAUAAAAGAGAAGAUCCACAAUGAAACUGGUACACCUUCGGAACAUCAAUUGAUUAAAAUUGAAGGAAAAAAGACUUUAUCAAAAAGAAAAGAUAAAAAGAAAAUAUCAUAUUUUGAUUUAGAUAAUAAUUCAAGUUUAAUAGUAUCAAUGUGUAUAAGUCAUUGA